UUCAUUUUUAUUACAUUGUUGGUGAUUAUUUCUGGUUAAACAUAAUAAUUGAUUCUUGUAUCUGUUUAGAGACCGCUUUUGAUUCGAUAAAUACGAAUAUUAAAAUGUUCCCUCGUCAUGAAACGCCGAUAGUCAAGCUGCAGAAAUUAAAAAAGAUUCGAUUAGAUUAUAGUUACGCGGUUUUAGCCUCUAAGUCAAUCGAAAAGUUCUCGCGAUAUUAUAUAACCAUAACAUAUAUUAACUUCGGACUGUUUGGAAUCGUAAAUACUUUAGAUGCUUUUGGUCAUGGAAGCUUAGCUGCCGUUUGGAUUCUCUUCAUGGUUGCUGAUUUUAUCACACUCAUCUUUAUAACAGUUCGACUCGUUUCCACUAAUCAGGUCUCGAUUGAUGGAUUAGAGGAUUUAUACGAUAUCUCUUUCUCAUUAACAACUCAACAGGCACAACACGAGAACGACAUUUUCAUUAACCGAAUGCUUUGGAAAAAUGUUGGAUUUACCUUUGGAAAUUUAUUCAUAAUCAACACUAAUUUUAUCACUUCAAUGUUCACAUUGGCACUAACACUGGUUAUUACUCUCGCUAAUUUCCUCUAUUAAUGAGUUUAAAAUGAAAACUAUUGAUCGACAAUAACAAUAAAGUAAUUGAUUAAAAUGUUUGUAGAAAACCACCUGAUUGGUUUUCGU